UUUUUUUUUUUUAGAAGAAUGCGAAAAUGUCAUUCUUACGAUUAACACAGCCUUUACCUUUUCGGACGACAAACUUAUCUUAUAGAUAUGCUUCCACUCAAAAAACACCUAUAGAUUUUACUAAAAUAGAAGCCAAAUGGAGAAAACGAUGGACUCAAACACCUCCUUUCCGUCAAGGACCAAACGAAAAUACAAUCGACAAACCCAACUACUAUGUACUCUCCAUGUUUCCUUAUCCAAGUGGUAUGCUCCAUAUGGGUCACGUUCGCGUUUAUACCAUUAGUGAUACUAUUCAACGAUUUCGACGCAUGAAUGGUUAUAAUGUACUUCACCCUAUGGGUUGGGAUGCAUUCGGUUUACCUGCUGAAAAUGCUGCUAUUGAACGUGGUAUUCUUCCUGCUGAAUGGACGGUCAAGAAUAUUGCGAUUAUGAAGGAACAAAUGAACAAAUUGAUGUUAGAUUUUGAUUGGUCAAAGGAAUUGGCGACAUGUGAUCCGUCUUAUUAUCGUUGGACUCAGUAUAUCUUUUUGGAACUUUACAAGGCUGGCUUAGCAUAUCAAAGGGAAGCGGUUGUGAAUUGGGACCCUGUGGAUCAAACAGUUUUGGCAAAUGAACAAGUGGAUAAUGAAGGACGAUCUUGGCGAUCGGGGGCUUUAGUGGAACGCAAAAAGUUAAAGCAAUGGUUUUUCAAAGUGACUGAAUUCGCUGAUGAUUUAUUGAAGGAUAUUGACUUGUUGAAAAACUGGCCAGAACGUGUAAAACAAAUGCAACGUCAUUGGAUUGGAAAAUCAAAAGGUGUCGAAUUCAAAUUUCCUAUAGUCUCCAACAACAAUCAUCUAAAAGUAUUUACUAGUCGUCCUGAUACUAUCUAUGGCGUACAAUACCUAGUAAUAUCACCUGAACAUCCUCUUAUCAACAAAGAUAUACUACCUGCUGAACAUGCCGAACAAACUUUGUCAUUUGUACAAGAUCUUGAAAAAGUACAAAAUAUGGAAGAAGCUGAACAAAGCAAAAAGGGUGUUUUUACUGGUUUAUACGCAACCCAUCCUCUAACUCAAGAAAAUAUUCCAAUUUACGUGGCUCCUUAUGUACUUUCAGAUUAUGGAACUGGUGCUGUAAUGGGUGUACCUGCUCAUGACAAGCGUGAUUGGGAUUUUUGUCGAGCGAACAAUGUGGUUGAUAAAGUCAAGUUCGUUGUAGAGCCUAGUAUUCAACCGGUGGAUGGAUCUUAUUCUCAAGAUGAACCUUUCACUAGUCAAGGUAUUCUCACUGAACUAUCUGGAAAAUACAAAGGAAUGAAAUCAAAAGAAGCCAUGAAGGCCGUGUUAAAGGAUGCUAUGCAAUCAGGUUUCGGUCAGCCAGCUACCCAGUAUCGUCUCAAGGAUUGGUUGUUAUCGCGUCAACGCUACUGGGGUGCUCCUAUUCCAAUCAUCCACUGUCCAUCAUGCAAGGUGGUACCUGUUCCUCAAGAAGAUCUUCCUGUGACUCUUCCUCUAAAUGUCGAAUUCACUGGUCGUGGAACUUCUCCAUUAACUCGUAUGGAAGACUGGGUCAAUUGUAAAUGUCCAAAAUGCCAGGGACCUGCCAAACGUGAAACUGAUACAAUGGAUACCUUUGUAGAUUCAUCAUGGUAUUUUAUGCGAUUCACAGAUCCUCAAAAUAUCACAUUACCUUUUGACUACGAUAAAGCAUCCUCUCGACUGCCUGUGGAUAUCUAUAUUGGUGGUGUAGAACAUGCCAUUUUGCAUUUACUGUAUUCUCGCUUCCUUUCCAAAUUCAUGUUGAAACAAGGUGCUUAUCAAAGUACUCCUGAAACCAUACCUGGCAAUGGCGAACCGUUCAAUGUCUUGUUAACUCAGGGCAUGGUUCAUGGUCGAACACUCAAAGAUCCUGAGACUCAUCGAUUUUUGAAACCUGAAGAAGUGGAUUUUACUGAUAUGGCGAACCCCAAAGUGGCUUCUACAGGAAAGAAAACCUUGAUUUCAUAUGAAAAGAUGUCCAAAAGUAAAUAUAAUGGUGUCAAUCCUGUGGAUGUUGUUGAAGAACAAGGAGUUGAUGCAACUCGACUUCAUAUUUUAUACAAGGCGCCACCAUCUGAAGUACUUGAAUGGGAUGAUACCAGUAUUGUUGGGAUGAAACGUUGGCUUGCGAAGGUACUCAAAUUAGCUCAAUCAUGUACAUCAACUCAAGAUCCUAAUACCAUACCACCACUGGACACCAUGACAGAGAUGGAACGGGAUAUACAUCGUACGACACAUCAAACCAUCAAGCAAGUGACAGAUGCCAUGACAAAUACAUACAGCUUCAACACGGCCAUUUCCGAUUUGAUCAAGCUCAGUAAUUCUAUCAGUGGAUCGAAUGUACCAACCCACUCUCCAGUUUAUCAACAUGCCAUUCGUUCCUUGAUUAUUAUGAUAUCUCCUAUGGCACCUAGUAUUGCAGAGGAAAGUUGGGAAGUGUUGACACAAUCGACAGAAUCAUCAUCGAUCAACAAUAGUGUCUUUCAACAAGCAUGGCCAAAGUGGGAUGCUCAAGCUUUGGUAAAAGAUACCGUGAACUGUGUGAUUCAAGUAAAUGGGAAAACUCGAUUGACUGUUCCAAUUCCUGCGGCUUUAAUGACGAAUGUGGAUAAGAUUGAACAACUGGCUAGGGCUUCACCCCAAGGACAAAAGUGGUUGGGAGAUCGACCUAUCCGAAAAUCCAUCAUGGCAAAGAAUGGUGCGUUGGUCAACUUUAUCCUGUAGUUUAGAGUGUUAUUAGUAUAUGUUGUACAUAAUCCUUUAUAGAAUAGCUCUAUUUAUUUUACAUUUAGACAAAUAAAAAAAAAAAAAA